UGCUCAGAGCCCUGAUAAGGAACAACGUCGGGCUCCCAGGGCGCCCCAGGCCCCCUCCAUGAACACCCUUAGUUUUGGCCAUGGUUGCCUCGAGCUCCUUGGGGUGCAGAGGCCCGUCACACACCUUAAUGUGCGCCCAGCUGCCCGUCGCAGCGGCCUCGGAGAGCCAGGCCCUGCCCGGAAAGCGACCAGGGCGCCCCCAAGCCGGCCCGGCCGCACCCGGCCCGGCUCAGGUGACCAGGCGGGCGCCGGGCACACCUGGCGCCGUUUCCUGACCCCGCCCCGGCCGGGCCGCACCCCGGGACGAUCUCUCUUGAACGGAGCCAGCGCGGCGAGCAGGGCCAUGGCGGCGGCGCCAGCGGCGUGCGCCUCGCAGGGGCCCCCGCCGGGAGCGCCGGCCCCGCCGGCCGGCGCGCCAGGGUCCGCGUCCGGCCUGGGCCGCUGCCGGGUGGCGCUGCUGCUGGCCGUGGCGCUGGACGUGGCGGGCAUGGCGGCGCUGCUGACCGGCGUGUUCGCGCAGCUGCAGGUGCGCGGCCGUGACUUCGGCGACCUGCUCAUCUACUCGGGCGCGCUGCUCGUCUUCCUGAGCCUGCUCGGCUGGAUCCUCUGGUACACCGGCAACAUCGAGAUCUCGCGCCAGGAGCUCGAGCGCGACUACGGCCUCAGGCCCUCGGCGCUGGCCCGCCUGGCGCGCAAGCUCUCCCGCCGCUGGUCGGCUCCGGCCUCUGCGUCCGGGCCGCGCGCCGCGCCCGCCUCCUGGGGAGCACGCCGCGCCCCCCGCACGCCCCCGCCGCCCGCCGCCGGCUCCCGCCGCGUGCGCCUGCAGCUCUCCGCACUCGAAGCCGGGACCGGGGCGGCGGGCGCGGGCCCCGAGUGAGCCAGGGAAAGAUGGAGCCACGCCGGGGGCACAGACACACAGGAUGAGUAAAGGUUGGACAGGACGACGCAGAGAGUAGCCGAGACCCAGAGGACGGAGACUGAGACAGCAGGCCUGGGGGCCCACCUGGAGAGACGCAGGAAACCCAGCCCCGCAGGGACGCCUGGAGAGUCACCACUACAUGGCCCUACACCUGGCCGUCCCUCCCUGCGCUCCAGCCCGAGGCGCACCAGGCCCCGCGCAAUCCUCUCAGUGUGACCGGGUCUCUGAGGUUACUACUCUUAUCGCCCCCAUCCCAGUGGAGGACAUGGGGGCGCAGAAAGGGGCCACCUCUUGCCCAGCAUUGCCUAGCAAGACGUGGACUCAGGAAACCAGAAGUUGAUGAUUGGAUGAACCUGUGGCCCCACCUGUCAGGACUGGACUGAGAUGCGCAGCUGUCCCCAAUGUCACCUGGCCACCAGGAUGCCCACCUGCCCUCCCCUUAUCCUUCUCUGGAUAAAUGGCUCUGCCUCACAGCA